UGUCGAUCAGCUGAAUUCAUACAUGACGCUGACUUCAUGGCUUACAACAAGCUAAGCCCUGCAUAUGCGGCAGUGUCGGCCCUUUUAAGCUCAAUGUCGCCCAAUCUCGGCACCGGUUCUUUGAGACUCCAAGCUGCUACAAGCUAAGAACAAAAUGAGUCUCGACCCGUGCAACUGCUUGUGCCCGCCAGACCGUCCGACGCGAGAGCUGGUUCUCUGUUUUGAUGGAACAGGGAACACUUUCCGCGUGGAUGGCGGGGAUAGCAACAUUCUCAAGAUCUUCCGCAUGCUAGACCGCAAGAAGGAAAACCGAUACUGCUACUACCAGCCCGGUAUUGGAGAAGACAUCAGGCCUGGGACCUUUGCCAACGCGGCUGUCCGUCCCUUUAGCAACAUCGCCCCAAAUGCGAUCAUCGAUGAGGCGCUCGCGACCUCAUUUGCCCAGCAUGUCAUCUAUGGAUACCGUUUCCUCGCUCGCCGCUGGAUUCCGGGGUCGCAUAUCUACCUGUUUGGGUUCUCGCGUGGGGCCUACACGGCAAGAUUCCUCAACGAGAUGCUUGACUUUAUUGGAUUAAUUUCAGCCGAUAACGAGGAGAUCAUGCCACUUGUCUGGGAAGCGUUUACAUCGUACAAGUUUGCCAACAGUGGCAAGGAAUCUGAACAGGCCGAGUAUUUUCUCCGCAUGUGCCGCGACACGAUGUGCCGAUCCGUGGGCCGCGUGCAUUUCCUGGGCCUUUUCGAUACAGUCAACAGCGUGGCCAAGUUCAACAUCUACGAUGAUCAUAGAGACAUGCGAAUCCAGCCGAAACCGCGAAUCAUGCGACAUGCAGUUAGCAUUGAUGAACGUCGAAUCAAGUUCCAACCAGUGCUAUUCGAGAAGCUACGGGCGCAUGGGAGGAUAGGCCGGGUGAGUACAUGGGCUGAGCGGGCGGACGUUGAGUUUUGGGGUAGCGACCUGACGGCGUCUCCAGAGACGGAGUUCGAGGAGGUCUACUUUUCUGGCGACCAUAGCGACGUUGGUGGUGGAUGGCCGCGUGAGUUGGGCCGAGAAUAUGUAGCCAGCCAGAUCCCCCUGAUGUGGAUGGUCGAGGAAUCCAUCGAGGCCGGACUUACCUACGAGCCUGAACAGUUGCAUAAGCUUGGCUGCUUUGACUUUAGAAGGCAGGAGCACAGCAACCCAGAAGUGAUACACCAGGCUGAGCGAGCUAUCCUGCAUGAUUCCCUCAUGUAUGACUCGGGCAAGACGCUGGAGACGUUAUUCUGGCGAAUUCUCGAGUGUCUGCCCAUCAAGCGCCCCAAAGUGGCCCCAGAUGGAAGAGUGCAGUCGACGCGAUGGCAUGUCGGGGGGUUGCGACGGCCGCUGCCACAAGGGGCCAAGCUGCACUACAGUGUGAUUGAGCGGCUCAAGCGGGACCCGGACUAUCGGCCCUACAAUCUCGGGGUGGGUAAUAUGGCGGAGGUGGACGAGGUCAUCGAGGGAUGGAGGCAUAUCGUGCACGACAAGGAUAGCGGCCAUGAUAAGGAGAUCGAGGAGGUGGAAGAGGUACCCGGGGACGAACGGACUCGGCGGCGCCGGACGUUAUGCGAGUAUUAUGUCUGGAAGAGGGAGGCUGUGGAUGGGAGGCCGCGAACUAGGCGGUCGGACUUGUGCUGCUGAAGGGAAUGACCAUGUAUGAUAGACGAUUGCGAG